AUGCCGCCUGUAAAGAAGGGUAUCAUCGAGCGUCUGAACGCUGGGGAGGUGGUGAUCGGCGAUGGAGGCUUUGUGUUUGCCCUGGAGAAGAGGGGAUAUGUUAAGGCCGGACCGUGGACUCCUGAGGCUACUGUCACACACCCUGAGGCCGUGAGGCAGCUGCACAGAGAAUUUCUGAGAGCAGGAUCGAAUGUCAUGCAGGCAUUCACGUUUUACGCCAGUGAUGAUAAACUGGAAAACAGAGGCCAAACCCUGAAAAUCACUGGAGCCCAGAUCAAUGAGGCCGCCUGCGAUUUGGCCCGUGAGGUAGCCAGUGAGGGUGAUGCCCUGGUUGCAGGUGGAGUGUCUCAGACGCCAUCCUACCUGAGCUGUAAGAGUGAGACCGAUGUGAAGGCCAUCUUCAAGAAACAGCUGGAUGUGUUCAUGAAGAAAAACGUGGAUUUCCUGAUCGCAGAGUACUUUGAGCAUGUUGAGGAGGCAGAGUGGGCUGUUCAGGUGCUGAAGACCAGUGGGAAGCCUGUGGCUGCUUCUCUGGCAAUCGGACCAGAGGGAGACAUGCACGGUGUCUCACCUGGGGAGUGUGCUGUCAGACUGGUGAAGGCUGGUGCCCAGGUUGUGGGAGUCAACUGCCACUUUGACCCCAUGACCUGUGUGGAGGCUGUCAAGAUGAUGAAGGCCGGAGUCGAAAAGGCCGGACUGAAGGCUCACUAUAUGGUGCAGCCGCUGGCCUUCCACACCCCCGACUGCAACUGCCAGGGAUUUAUCGACCUCCCAGAAUUCCCUUUUGCCUUGGAACCCAGGAUCCUGACCCGCUGGGAUAUGCACAAGUAUGCCAGAGAGGCUUACAAAGUUGGUAUCCGCUUCAUUGGUGGCUGCUGUGGGUUUGAGCCUUAUCACAUCAGGGCUGUGGCUGAGGAGUUGGCAACUGAGAAAGGGAAAAUGCCCCCUGGUUCUGACAAACAUGGCAUGUGGGGCACUGCUCUGGAGAUGCACACCAAGCCCUGGGUCAGAGCCAGGUCUCGUCGUGAGUACUGGGAGCACCUUAAGCCUGCCUCAGGUCGUCCCCACUGUGCGUCUCUGUCCACACCUGAAGGCUGGGGUGUGACCAAGGGCCACACUGACCUGCUGCAGCACAAAGAGGCCACCACCACUCAGGAAAUGCAGCACGUGUUGCAGAUGCAGAAGAAGGGCAAGUCCACAGCAUGAGCGAGACUGAAACUGAAAACCAGCGCACCUCUCCCUUCAGUUGAGAAAAGGGAGACGGAGAAUGGACUCAGCUCUCUCCUAGUUCAGUUGUGAGAUUAAAAGCACUUGUAACAGUGAACAGUAGUGGAGUAUUCCCA